AUGGAAAGUUUCUUCUCGAGGUGUAAUAAGAUUCUGCGUUACUACGCGAUGCCGGCUGGCGUAAGAGAUAAAACCGCCAAUGAAGAAAAGGAAACGAAAAGUCACGCUGCCACCACGUUUGAAUUGCGUGAGUCUUAUGCCUCGACCAGUAGUUUUUCUUCUGCACUCGGUGUUCGUCGUCUGGUGUAUUCUUUUGCCCCUUGUGACUGCUAUCAUCUCGUCACUGACGAGAACAAUCCGCUCUACUACGCCAAAUCCAGCCGCGCAGCUUAUGACGCACGCACAGUGAGCAUCACGCUUGUGUCCGAUCUCACAGCUGCGCCAUGGUCGUCACCCACCAUCUCCAUUUCGAGUCACCCCAACGCAGGAACGCCAAAUGAGAGAGGUGGGAAAACAACAGCCGGUGGCGGUAGCGGUGGCUUAGAAGGACUUGUUUUUUCCAAUCAGGCAUCACGUGCUGCAUCGCCCGACCCAAUUGUUUCCGGGAAAAAAUCUUCCACUUGUACUGGUAGGAGCUUGUCACCACAGCCCAUUCGCCCACAGAAUGGUAAAAGACUCAGUGGGGCACGGACUUCUCUGCAAAAGCUUACCUCAAAGACCGACGGAUUUUUGACUCUCACCACGUCACUCUCUUGUAACAACGUCUCUGGCAACCCCAAGCACAGGAAGGACAGUCUUUUGGAGAAGGGACUCUUCGGUGGGAAAGAACACGAAGAAUCCAAGGAAACGGAUGCCUCUAAUGGUGUCAGUAAUAGGAGUAAACAUGCGCUUUCAAAGGGUGAUUUUGCCAAUAUUUUUUGCCUUUUAUCCAACUCCUCUGCUGCUCAACAUCAACUUCGUCACGGUGUUAUUCGACCAGUUGUCUCGGUCGCAGUGCUUGACAGGGAGAAGCGCCCUCUCACCAGUUUUUUGAAAGGCGAUAACUCAGAUGGCAUUAUGUGUCACGGGCUUCUUGACCACACGUGGUACUCAAUUCCAGUGCAACCUCUUCCUGCGAUGCAGGAUGACGUGCAGUGGAUGCCCGUUGUUUUUGGGAGCACAGAAUGUAUCAGUGAUGUUGGAUACCGCACCGCCAUGCAGAUUGGUUUUUUCCCAAAUAAAACGGACACCACGACACGCAAUUUCUCCAUCCAACAAAUGACAAGUGGGGUCCUUCCUACUUUAGAGGAAGCUAGAAGUUCACUCGCUGCAGCCCAAGAAAAAAAAAGCGCAUUGGCACCCCGAGACCCUAAUUUACUGCCUACUAAGCAGCAAAAUAAGCAGUGUCUCAAUGAGGUUGCUUUGUCAUCAGUGUUCAAGAAGGAAACGCCACUUGCGAAUAAUGAGCAGCCAGCAAACGUCACAGCACGGCGGGGCGGCGUUGCCAUGACAUUUGGGAACGACGAGCAGCCAGCAAGCGUCACAGCACGGCGGGGCGGCGUUGCCAUGACAUUUGGGAAUGAUGAGCAGCCAGCAAACGUCACUGCACGGCGGGGCGGCGUUGCCAUGACAUUUGGGAACGAUGAGCAGCCAGCAAGCGUCACAGCACGGCGGGGCGGCGUUGCCAUGACAUUUGGGAACGAUGAGCAGCCAGCAAGCGUCACUGCACGGCGGGGCGGCGUUGCCAUGACAUUUGGGAACGAUGAGCAGCCAGCAAACGUCACUGCACGGCGGGGCGGCGUUGCCAUGACAUUUGGGAACGACGAGCAGCCAGCAAGCGUCACAGCACGGCGGGGCGGCGUUGCCAUGACAUUUGGGAAUGAUGAGCAGCCAGCAAACGUCACUGCACGGCGGGGCGGCGUUGCCAUGACAUUUGGGAAUGAUGAGCAGCCAGCAAACGUCACUGCACGGCGGGGCGGCGUUGCCAUGACAUUUGGGAAUGAUGAGCAGCCAGCAAACGUCACUGCACGGCGGGGCGGCGUUGCCAUGACAUUUGGGAAUGAUGAGCAGCCAGCAAACGUCACUGCACGGCGGGGCGGCGUUGCCAUGACAUUUGGGAACGACGAGCAGCCAGCAAACGUCACUGCACGGCGGGGCGGCGUUGCCAUGACAUUUGGGAACGAUGAGCAGCCAGCAAACGUCACUGCACGGCGGGGCGGCGUUGCCAUGACAUUUGGGAACGACGAGCAGCCAGCAAACGUCACUGCACGGCGGGGCGGCGUUGCCAUGACAUUUGGGAACGAUGAGCAGCCAGCAAGCGUCACUGCACGGCGGGGCGGCGUUGCCAUGACAUUUGGGAAUGAUGAGCAGCCAGCAAGCGUCACUGCACGGCGGGGCGGCGUUGCCAUGACAUUUGGGAAUGAUGAGCAGCCAGCAAACGUCACUGCACGGCGGGGCGGCGUUGCCAUGACAUUUGGGAACGAUGAGCAGCCAGCAAGCGUCACUGCACGGCGGGGCGGCGUUGCCAUGACAUUUGGGAACGAUGAGCAGCCAGCAAACGUCACUGCACGGCGAGGUGAACUUGAUGAGCGUGAUAGGAUGUAUGGAAGGAAAACAGGGGUGGAAUGCUUUGGCGGUGAUUUUGGCUGGCGUCGCUCUGCGUCUUAUCGAUCUCCAAAAGCGCAGCGACCCACUAUUUUUGAACGUGGUGGAUUUGCUCUGGGAGAACCAGAAUCUGCAGUUGCAAACGAGGAUAAAAUUUCUACUUUUUUCAGCAGCACUGCACGACCCUACAUGAAAAACAUCAGUCCGAGGCCUUUUUGCCGCACAACAGGCAUGGCACCUCCUGAGGAUAUUUGUGGUGGAACGCCGGUGGGUCGAUGGCGUGCGUCUUCGCCAGGACCCACGUUUGGGGAGAGCGGCGCCGGUCAAGUUUUGAGGAACGGCGGGGAUUGGCGGCCGAAUGCUCAAAGAAGAGGGGCGGCGCGCGAGGACUCUCCAGUGCCCGGAUUCACUGGGUUGCCGCGUUCACGUGCGACGACUGUGUUGGACCCGUUUGGAAAGCUCUGCAACCGACCCAGUCCCCACCCGACCGUGGACGCACCGUUUCAGCAGAUGGCGGGGGAAUCACACUUUUACCCGUCUCAGAAUGAUCGCUGGCAGAGUCAUGAUGUCAACAAUGGUCUCCAUCGCACGAGAAUUGCUGAGCAUCGCGACGGGAGUUUUUGGCGUCCGACGUCGUUUGGUGGUCCACCGCCGAAUGGCACGUCCGACCCUCUUGCGUCGCCCAUCUCAAGUAUCUCACGUAGUGGACUUUUGAUGUACGAGGACAACAACGCGUCUGCAAGGGGUGGGUUUGGAGGAAAUUUCACCCCUGAUGCGUUUCAUCGUUUUUCCCAUCGUCCAACGGUUAGUCGUCUCAACACCGGUAUUGGUUGUGGACGCUACGAUACGACAAACGUCAAUCAUCACUCCAAUAGUGCUGGUGCAUUUGCCGAUUCCGGGAAGCGUGUGGGUGCAGGAAUCAAUUCUUCGUUCAACAGCCCCUUCGCGAGGACGGGUUUCUUGUACGAUGACGGCGUCUCCCGCCUACCCAUCAUUGAUGAGUACGGCUCUCCAAGGAAUGGAAGUCGUGUUCGUCCGCGGGGCGUGCAAGCUAUGGACAUUGCGUGGUCAGGUCAGUGGGCAUCGUCUCCAGCACCGUCCCGAUCGGCACACGAUAUUCCCGGACGCCGUGCUGUGCCAUACCCGGUCACCUCUCGUGUGGCAUCAAUUGCGAUGCCUUGGCGAAACACAACCACCACUGGCGCUGGCGUCAAUAAAAGAGGGCUCCUUGCCAGUAAACCGCCGUUAGCCCCAAGCAGCCGUGCGCCACCGUUUUGUUUCUCCGCCAAACCUGCAGGUGUACGCGGUACCGUAACUCCUUCCUCCGUUCGCGGUCUCACCCUGCGAGAACGUGUGCGCUUGCGGCAACAGCAACUGCGCCGCGAGGCGAACUUACAAGCAGUUAACGAGAACCUACAUGAGAAUUAUUGUAUGGGAAAUGAUAUGAAGCGGCUUCGAAAAGAGCCGAAUGGGUUUAUUUCCGAAAAAGCAUGUCCUGAUAUCAACGCCUCGGGGGAACCCAAUGUUGUGACUGGCAACACCACUUCUGUUCCUGGUGCCACGGCAGAAGCUGCGCACAACGGUGACACGAGAACAGCAGAGAAGCAAGGCGCAGCCUACCUUGGCUCAUAUGGAGAGCAGGUUCGACGCCUGGAGUCCCUUACAGAACCAUUUAUCCAAGCAGAUGGGGUAAAUGUUUCUUUUUGUCUUCGCGACUUGGCUAACGUGUUCCUCUGUUUACCUGGAGGUGCACUCAAAGAAAGUGACCUCACAAAAGCAGCUUGGUUAGAUGAUGGAGUUUCCUAUUUUGUUUCCGCAAAACCCAUGCGGUUCCGUGGUGGAUGGGAAAGCUACCUACAACACCUUAACCUCUACCAGCAACCCUUCUACCUGCGGGAGAGGGCUUUUAUAUUUGUUCUGCGGGUUCCAUAUCACCCAAACCUCCGCGUCUGCGUUGCGGUGCAUAACCUGGACGACUUCAUUGCACUGUUGCAGCAGCGACCCUUGAAGCCGAUUUUACUAACAAAGGAAGAAAAAUGGAUGCAGGAACGUCUGUACGGAACGGAUUCCGGUGGGAUUGGUUCUCAGGCCCAAACAAACUCCAAGAGAGUGGGGUUUUUUAGACGACUUUUUCAGCGCUUGCAUAUCACUAAAAUAGAUAGCCGCAAGGAAGAAACGCGCGAUGAAGCGCAGCAAUGUGGUGGCUGGGCACCUAUGACGUGGCGACGGCGCUUGGCAUUGUUGCGUCUUCACGCAGAAGCAACACUUCGCGGUUCUGCGUGGAAGACGUUUACGACACCACUUUUAACGGAUCCCGCCCUAUUGCAUGCCCGCAUGUCGUUUCUCUCAAACCGCACCGCCACUUACGCCGCAAUACGGCAUCGAAUAAACACUCUUCAGGCACUUGCUGCCACAAUGGUGACCAAGCAGAGGGAAGGUUGUGCCAGGGAGCAGCCGCGCAUGAUAGAAAACCGAGUUGAUUCAGAAAAAUCACUGCCAUUGGCGUCCAACCAAACGGAUCCGCUGAACGAAAGGCCUCUCUUCCCACUCGAAGCACGAACUCCAGCGACGACGACGACGGCCAGCGGUGCAAAAAAUGUGAAGACGAAGCGUGAACCAUUUCGUGUGGAUCGCGUAGGCGAUGGAUCAGCAACUGCGCUGCGUCGACCACAUCCGGCGCUACCCGCUAUGCAACCAGUAGAGACGUCAGCAGCAGCGAUGACACGGGGGGUUAUAGAGAAACGGACGGAAAUGCAGACAAAGUGCAGAUCAACCUUGGCACCCUAUGCUUCUUCGGUAAGUUUGUCGCGACCGCAAUCGCCUACACCAGCGUCACAGUCAGACCCGGUGGGAGUGCCGGGGCAAUUGCUGCCACGGGAAACGAAGAGAGAUGCACUAAUUCAGGUCGCGGAAAAUAUGGCACGGAGGAAUAAUAUUCCCAAUGAAAUUUCGCCUCCUCCAAUGACAACGGUCUUGAAAUUUGUGUCAUCAUUGGAUCAAACGGAAAAACAAGGACAGAUUUUUGAUGGGUGUUCUAAGCAGACAUCAAUUUCAUGUGUAACGACACCUAAUCCUGUCUUUGCAGGAUUACUUCCAACACCGACAGAGAUUCAUCGCCAAGGAGAAUGCUUCAAUAUCAGCGUCUCUCAGCUUCAGCAAUUGCUUCAGUGGCAAUGGGAAUACCAUCAGAAUUGUUACGAGGCGUUUCCUUUACCUGUUUUCUGUGGGGCUCUUGUCACACCCCCAGCUGCGUAUUUUGAUCUUGCCGGAGGAUUAAAGAAGAGAAACGAAGGAUCAGGAAUAAGCCCCUUAUCUCGCUCACUUUUGCUCGCCCUUAUAAAAUGGGGUUGGCUUGUUCCAAUGGAUUACAAGGCUUCGAGAGAAGGCACGCGUCUUUGUUUUCUUUCAGAGGAUCCCCUGUCAUCCCUCUUUGGGCUUCAAUCAAGAAUGGGAAGAGGAACUUUUUGCCUUUGUUUCUUAGUCUUUGGAAUGUGGCGACAUCAGGCGAUGUGGCUUGCUUUACUGUACAUUGUGUACAAUUUGCUUCAGGCGAUUAUGCGGGUUAUUUUUGGUGGAUUUCAUCGACGGCCUGCGGCUUUGGACUCCGCCACCUCCAUUGCUUACCUUCAAUCCGAGGCGGCAGUCGAGACGAUGUUAGAGAAGCGACAGUUCUUUCGCACGCAAUCACUUGCCACACGCAUACUUCGGACACAGAGCUUUGUACAAAAUGUUUUGAGCCGAGCGGUGAUGCUAAUGCGUGGCCAUUCUCCCUUCCUUUCGCUCAUCAUUGGCUUGGAGGUCCUUAUGACGUGCCUGCUUAUUCUUAUCUACAAAUACAGCGUAUGUCAUCUUCUUCCCAACACACAUCUUGUGCCAGGGGUUAUGGUUGAGCAUCUCUUGCAGGCGCUGGGGCCAUUUGCAUGGGUAUGGAACUCUGCGGUUGUCCGCUGGUGUGCGCCCCUCAUUCUACCGAGUGGUGUUGAUGGAAAAACUUUGGGAUUUUUGUUUUUCCUCUAUUUUUUUUGCUUUCUGUUGCCGUGGUCGCCACUGCGCUGGAUGUGUCGGCGAACGUGGGAACUCUUUUUACACGACGAUGCGUUAGUCCGCCGUCCAUUGCUCUCGUUCUGA